AUGGAAGAGCGAUGCACAACUCUGAGCUCGUAUAAUCUCAAAUCUGCUCAGUAUACGGCGGGCUAUAAGGCAAUUCUUGAUCGUCAACAAUAUCUUAAAGAGGAUCAAAGGGAGCUAAAGAUCCUGAUUCGAGCCAUGCGAGCCUUGCGCAACCUACAAAGCGUUAGUAUAUACACUGACUCUUGUGGCAUCGGGUCAAAAGAGGCUGCUCGCGCCAUAGGAUCCCUCUAUCAAAAAAGGCUAUGCGUGAACGAUCGGGAACCAGUCGCAAUCUUAAUCGAAGCGCUCCAAAAGUCGGGCGUAAAACUUCGCGAAAUUUGGUUAGGCAGAGAAGCCAGCCUUGCUGGAUGGGAUAGCGUACAAGAAAAAGAAGCGAACCCGUUUUUGACUGAAUCGCUCUCAGCCAUCUUUUCUACCCUGAACUCGGGUCCUGGUCGUGAGGUUCUCAAAUCCGUGAAGAAGAUUCAUAUCCAAUGUGUCUAUAGCUUUCUUGAUCUCGAUGCAGGGAAUCAAGACAGCGUGGCCACUCGCUGCGAGCAAUCAUUGUCUCAUCUCUUAGACGCAGUACCCCAUCUUGAAGAAAUAGAUCUAUAUGGAGAUGUCAUGGAUGCUGGGCAGCAUUCCGGCACAAGGAUUGACAGGGUAUUACCCUCCUUCUUUUUAAAUCACGAGGCAUUAUGGUACGUCAGGCUACACUGCAUGGACGCGAGGAAGCAGGACAUUCUCGCACUAUUGACUAAUUGUCGCAAAACUCUGGGUAAUAUAUAUUUCGAAUCUGUAUACUUGGAAGACAUGGGCCAGUGGGAAGGAACAUUAGACGAAGCACGAAACCUCGCAUUCCUCCGACUGCAAUAUGUGGAGCUUCUCGAUUGCCUUGAGCAGAAGGAAGAUAUUCUUGCCCAUGGAUUCAUCUUGAAACACUCUGAUAUCAACCCUGUGAAAGCCUACAUGGACCAACAUGCGCAUCAAUUCACAACCUGA